AUGUCACUGCUUAAUGACGAUCCUCCUCCACAGCCCAAACGUGUCAGUGAUGUGACUAGCACUCCUACCAGACCAUCACCUACUCCUCCGCCUCAGGCCAUGGGCCGUACGCUCCCAGGCCCAGCACCGCCUUCUCAGAUACGACGGGGCGAGGCAGAGUCAUACUCUCCUUACGGCCGAGGAACCCCAGUAAUGCCAUCCCUCAAGCCAACAUAUGCGGAUUCCCCUCAGCCUCAGCACAUGGGUAGUUCGAGGGCGUCCAUUGGGGUGUCCCUAGAAGCAGCAGCAGAAAGGGACUACUACAGACAGAAUCCUUACCAACCCAGUAGCCAUAGCCGAACGAACUCACCACAAAGUGGCCACCGAUAUGCUCCUCCUGGACCUCCUGGACCCCCUGGACCCCCGGGACCUCCUCAGUACCAGAACCAGGGGUAUCCGACUUCAUACGCUGCAACAGGUCAACCAGCCCAUGCCGGAUCGCCAGGAGGGCAAUAUGCGCUUCAUCCAUCUGCCUCUCGGGCACGAGAAGUACCUCAAGGUGGCCGCGAGGCUUCAUGGCCGCCGCCUCAGCAACCUCCUUCCGGCAUGCAGCAGCCGCCUGGAUGGGCAUCUCAACAGCCACCAAAUGCUCAACCCCCACCGCAGCAGCAACAGCAACAACCGUGGCCUACGCAACAUCCCUCGUCCAAGCCUCAAACCCCAGCGCCAUCUUGGGCACCUUCACAACCACCUUCACAGCCCCCGCCUCAGCAAGCUCACCAUAUGUCCAUGAGAGACGAUGGGCGUAAUCCUUACUUUGCCAGUGGACCUGGCAUGCCGCCGCAGCAGCAUCAGAUGCAAGGACGCUACCCACCAACAGUGUCACGUGGCCCAGAGUCAGUGCCACCUCCGCAGCCAUACUCACGUUAUGCUUCGACUCCUGGCCCUGGCCCGCCUCGAGAGAUCCCUGGCCGCAGCUACACGCCCAUCAGUAGUUACGACUCACGCGGGCCGCCCCAGCCUCCGCCAGGGGCACCGGUUUAUCCCGGCCAUGAUACAAGAGAUCUGCGGGGAGAUCCUCGAGUUGAUCCAAGAGAUAUGAUGAGGGGAGCAUUGAGACCACAUGAGUACGAAAGGCCUCCACCAGAUCACUAUAGGAGAUCAGCAUCCGCGAUGGGCGGUCACGAGAAGACGUACUUUGAGCAGCAGCGCGAGGCUCUGAUUGGCGAGAUCGCAAUGGCACGUCAUAGCUUUGAGCACGUCUUGGCCAACAUCAACAAGUUGAACCGAUCUCUCGAGGCAGUCACCGCUGUAUGGACAACAUUCCCUUUCAAUAUUGCCAAGCUAAUUGAGAUUGUUGCACAGGUCGGCAACGAAUUCUCCUCGGUCGAGGCACUAUGGUCGCAGUUCGAGAACGUCAUGGACAAAGAUGGCAAGGCUGAAGGCGAGACGGAACAGGCUGACCAGACGGAGCAUCAUGAAGAAGAAGGCGAUACUACAGUGAAGCACGAGGGGGCGUGA